AUGAAUUUUAAAUCCUUUGUUGCUCUUUUGGCCUUUGUAACUCUGGUUUUUGCAAAAGAAGAAAAGCGCUUGGCCGAACCAGAAGAGAAACGUUCUGCGGAAGCCGCUCCCGUCGCCGAUGCAUACUAUGAUCCAUACCAUAACCCAUAUGUUCCCGAUUAUUUAUAUUAUUUGGGCCACAAACGUUCCGCUGAUGCUGAUGCUCACAAAGAGAAGCGUUUCGCUGAUGCUGACAUGAAAAAGCGCGCAGCAUACGACUAUGGUAGUUAUGGUAAAUACUACGGAUACUAUGACGGAAAAUAUGUAUAUGGAGUGAAAAAGCGUUCUGCUGACUGCUAA